UUGCUCCUUCUGCUCUUGUCUAAUAUGACCCUGUCUCCCUGCUUUUCUAUAACAUCUUUAGGGGUUCAUUCAGACCCAAUUAUAUGUUCUAACUUGCAUCACCUUUCUCUGGUGUUUUUAUGUAAUUUAUAGUACUGCAAAACUGCUUGAUAUGGUUUCAGUAAUGCAUCCUACAAAAUUUGUGCUAUCUUCACCAAAAUGCUUAUUUUCAGGCCAUGCCUGACCAAAGUUGUAGAAUGAAUUAAAUGCCUGUAACAGCAACAGACAUCUGACCAGUGCUCAUGUAAUGACAUCCAACUUUGUGUCUGUUUGGUGAUAUGACAUUUUAGGUGGUGUGGCUUAGUAGUAAGCGAAAAUGCAUGAGCAGGUCAUUGUAAGGUUGCAGGUUUGAACCGAGAGGAGGGAUGUAACCCUUGUUAUUGGACCAGUUAUGUCGCCUAUAAUUUAUUUGUUUAAGCUGCCAUAUGUAUUAACAGUUAUGUUUUAAAUUAUUGUUCAUCCAACAAUGAAAUUAAAAAAAUGUACAAAUAAUUUUUUGAUUUUAGGUUACACUUAAUUUAAAGGUAGCCUUGUUACAGUGUAAUACAAUGAAGCGCUUCUUAAUUAACAACAUGCACUUACUAUAGGGUUAAGGUUAGUUGCAUGCAAUUAUGCAUAAUUUACUUUUAUUACUAUAAUACAUAUGUGAACCUGGACCACAAAACCAGUCAUAACUAGCACGGGGUUAUAUUUGUAGCAAUAGCCAAAAAUAUUUUGCCAAAUGCCAAAAAUCAUUAGGAUAUUAAGUAAAGAUCAUGUUCCAUGAAAAUAUUUUGUACAUUUCCUACCGUAAAUAUAUCAAAACUUAAUUUGAUUAAUAAUAUGCAUUGCUAAGAAUUUCAUUUGGACAACUUUUAAAGGUGAUUUUUCUCAGUAUUUUUUUGCACCCUCAGAUUCCAGAUUUUCAAAUAGCUGUAUAGUUGCCAAAUAUUGUCCUAUCAUAACAAAUCAUGCAUCAGUGGAAAGCUUUUAUUCAGCUUUCAGUUGAUGUACAAGUAAAAAAAAAAUGGACCCUUAUGACUAGUUUUGUGGUCCAGGGUCCCAUAUGUAUGUGUAUAACAAUAGCAUAUUUAAUUAAUAAAAUUUAUGAUUUUUUUCUUUUUAUUAACCGUCAAUUCAUAUGUAUAAUAUUCUGGAUGUUUUGGCUUUCCAUUGUAAUGGAUAUCAGAAAUAUUAAAACACACAUGCAAUUUUGUAAUUUAUUAUAACUAAUGACUCAAUUUUAUCGUAUUUUUGUUAUCUCUGGGUCUGAACGGGUUACAGCAGAAGAGUUGCAUGGCACGGAUUGAACACUGGCGUACAAUAAUCACUUUGUUUGGGGGCUCUGGGGGCGCAUCCCCGUUUUUGCAAUCGGUUUUUUCCAUCAGCCAUGUGGGGUGGAAAGCGAUUCAUUACUGGCUGCCGUCAGCACACACACAGCCAGCGGGCCUAUCGCCUGCAACCUGUUAGCUAGAGGUCCCGCCGAGACUCCCUCUGCCUCGUGCGCUGCUGCUGGACUGACUGACUGCUGGCGAGGACGACACAAUAGGAUGGAUGCCGCUAGCCUGCUAGCUCUAAAGAAACACAGUGACGUUGAGCAACAUUGCCCGAGAUUAUGCUGAGCAUCCUUGCAGCUGGCUCCAUAUUCUUCCCAGGCCUCUUCCUGCUGUCCAAGCGAUUCCUGAAACAUGCUCCUGGGCUCAAAUGGAGCGAGAAGGAUGCUGUCAUCGUCUCGUCCAGACUGGUGUCUUCCGUUCAGGCCAUUAUGGCAUCCUCUGCCGGGUACAUCAUCGCCUGUUCAUGUAAAGACAUCAUUGAGGACCAGCAUUGGCUUACCAGCAGCUAUAUCCUCUUUGCUGUCCCCUACUUCGUCUAUGACAUCUAUGCCAUGUUCUUGUGCCACUGGUACAAACUUCAGGUCAAAGAUCAUGAGGAGGAGAGCGAAGCCAAACCGAUGAGGUCAGCCAUCAGCGGCUAUCUGCGCCGAGAGUUCCUUAUGGUCUUGCACCAUGUUGUCAUGGUCACUGUCUGUUUCCCUGUCUCUGUGUUCUGGAGACAGGGAAAAGGGGAUUAUUUCCAGGGUGUGAUGUUCCUGGCAGAACUCAGCACCCCAUCUGUCUGUCUUGGAAAAAUACUCAUCCAGUACAAGCAACAGCACACUCUCCUACAUAAAGUCAAUGGAGCUCUUAUGCUGGUCACUUUCUUCAUCUGCAGAGUUCUUCUCUUCCCCUACCUCUACUACGCCUACGGCAGGUACGCCUCCAUCCCCUUCUACAUGGUGCCGCUGUCUGUGCCCUGGCAGUUUAACGCAGGUGCAGCUUUGCUCAUGGCCCCGCAGGUCUACUGGUUUUCCCUUAUCUGCAGGGGUGCCUUCCGUCUCUUCACCGGAGCCUCACGGCACAAAGCUGCUCCUAGCAGCACAGACUCUGAACCGAAAACCUCACUCCUGCCCCCUGCCAACGGAUACAGCCCCAGAGAGACCGACUCGCACUGAGAGAGGAGUAGAGAUAGAGAUGUAGGUACAGGGCUAGAUUUAGACCAAACAGGAAACUGAAGGCAGACUGACUUAUUACAACGGGUGGAUCUACCUUAGACCCAGUGGCGUGGGUUAGCAAACAAAGAUCCUGAAGGUCUGUACCCUCACUAUUCACCAUCAUCCUCUCUUUGAGAAGAAAAAUAAGACUGCAGACCAAACCAAACAGAUUGUUUUCCCCCUAACAUGCACAUUCUCUAUGUUGGAGCAGUAGGUCGGGGAAAUGUCAUCUGCUGCUUUGCAGGGUUAGUGCAUCAUUUGUAGAUUACCAUGGUCAUAAGCUUCAGAAAAAGGGACUGAUGUGGAUUCAACGGGAACAGUAUUUAAAAUGAUGGAUGGAUGGAUGGAUGGAAGGAUUGAUAGAUCCCUCCUGUUCUCCUCUCUGAGAAUCUCUGUCUCUCUUUGUUUGGUCCAGCUGCAGAGAGGAUACGAAAAAGGGAACAGAAAUUUCUCAGUCAUCUGUACAUAAGUUUUUAUUCAUAUUUGCGUUGAAUUCCAAAUAGAUUUUUCAUUUAUUUUAGAUUUUUGUAGAACCUGUUUAUUUAUUAUUUAUUCAGUUCUGUUCCUAUGUAUGGGUGGAUUGGUCUAAAACAAAACCGUUCACAAAGUUGUUUGGUUCAAAACGAUCCUUCAGACCCUCACUGUGGGUGCAUGGCCUCCUUCCAGCUGUUUUUCCCUUUCCUGGUUCUCAUCACGGCUGAAAACAAGAUGGCAGCGGCUGCAUCCAGUUAGUUAGUGAAUCAGCAGUUAUAAAGUAGAAGGGGGGUCAUUUAAAGGAUUUGGAUGAGGCUGAGGUAAUACAUUAGCAUAUCUCUGCUGCAGUACUCCAAUCCUUUUAAGAUCCAGACGUCAGACGGAGGGGAAGAGACCGAGCUGCCCAGUGAAAUACUGCACUUGAAAACCAGGCUGAAGUUGGCAAGGCAUUCGGACGAACCUGAGCCAGUCAGUUUGUACUUUGUGUAGUUUUAUGUGAGGAGGCUGCCAGCAUAAAGGCCCUCCCUAACCUCUAUUAGAUCCACACCACGAUAUGGAUUCUGUGCUAGCACUGAUUGUAAACUGCACACUGAAUUGGUAACCACUGCUGUUUUUCUCCACACUGAUGAGAUGUUUCUUAACUGCUUCUCCUCUGGCAGUCAGCCUUCGUUUCUGUCCGGAUAUAUAGGAGUUCCACUGUUUAUGUGUUUUGUCACCUAUUAGUCCUCACUUUUAUGGUAAAAUUGUCAUUGGUGUAACAAUGUUGUCACAUACCUCCCUUAGGCCUGAUUGUUGUGCUAUACUCCCAAACAGGGCUCUGCCAGUUUGACGUUAAACAGUAUUAUUAGAGGUGCAAGUGAGAGGAUGGCGCACGGUGGAUUCUAGAAGUGAAUCUUGCUCUGAGUUAUCCAAAGGAGGGGUGCAAAACAAACAUCCGAGUCUGUGAGAUACUGUAAUACUUUUAAAAGCACUGCAUAGAUCUUUAUAGAUCAAUGUCCCGGAUAUAGUUCUGGACCACUAUAAUUGGAGUCUUAUUAUAGAUUAGUCAUGUUUCUGUUAUGCACUAGAACGUUUUUGUUUUGCUGCUUUAGUUAGCUCGUAUGCCCGAAGGCAUCAAUGUAGCCUUAGAAGUAAUGCUUUCAACAUGCUCUUUACACAAAGUACUACACUGGGUCAUCACAACACUUACUCAAAGGGACUGCCCAGUGCUGGGCAUGAAUAGGGGCCAGUAUUUUCAACUAUAGCAAAGUGUACUGGUUUGGGAACUGGUUAGAAAUCAUAUUUUGAGCUAGGAAUGACUGUAACUUCUCACUUUUGUUUUUAUGUAAUUACUCUUACUGUUAAUUUAUUCUUUUAAUUUAUG